AUGGAAUUAAGUCGCAAACGCGAAAAAGUAGCCGAUUUAGCCGUGCUUUUAUGGCACUCAUUUGGUUCGGUUGCCGUCUUGCUACACGAAGUCAUUAGUGUUUAUCCUUACAUAACACCACCAACAUUAACAGCACAGCAAUCAAAUCGUGUAUGUAAUGCAUUAGCUCUAUUACAAUGUAUUGCCUCGCAUCCUGAUACACGGUCAUUAUUCAUACAAGCGAAUAUACCAUUAUUUUUGUAUCCAUUUCUAAAUACAAAGUCAUCUACAAGACCAUUUGAAUAUUUGCGUUUAACAUCAUUGGGUGUCAUUGGUGCAUUGGUUAAAACAGAUGAAACAGAUGUUAUUAAUUUUUUAUUAACAACAGAAAUAAUACCAUUAUCAUUACGAAUUAUGCAAUCGGGUAGUGAACUAUCGAAAACAGUUGCUACAUUUAUAUUACAAAAAAUUUUAGCAGAUGAUUGUGGUCUCAGUUACAUCUGUCAAACGUUUGAUCGAUUUUCACACGUGGCAAUGGUUUUGGGGCGAAUGGUUUUACAACAGCAACGUGAACCGAGCGGACGAUUGUUAAAACAUAUAAUUCGUUGUUAUUUACGUUUAUCGGACAAUCCUCGUGCUCGAGAAGCUCUACGUUCAUGCUUACCUGAUUGUUUGAAAGAUCACACGUUUGAUAUUGCUUUGAAAGAUGAUCAAUCAACCAAGAAAUGGUUGACACAAUUAUUGAUGAAUUUAGAAACAUCAUCGUCGACGAAUGCUAUUAAUAGCGUCGCUGUUGGUCAACAACAGCAAGCAUCAACAUUCCAACAACAAUCAUAA